CUCGCUCUGCCCACGCGAUCGUCGCCUUCUGCCGACUAGCCACCCGCGCCGCCGCACCAUGGACACUUCGAGGCAGGUGGUCAACUUCGGGGCCGGGCCCGCCAAGCUGCCACGCUCGGUAUUAUUAGAGUUACAAAAAGAAUUAUUAGACUACAAAGGAGUUGGGAUUAGUGUUCUUGAAAUGAGCCACAGGUCAUCAGAUUUUGCUAAGAUUAUUAACAACACAGAGACUCUUGUGCGGGAAUUAUUAGCCAUUCCAGACAACUACAAGGUGGUUUUUGUGCAAGGAGGUGGAUCUGGCCAGUUCAGUGCUGUGCCCUUAAACCUAAUUGGCCUGAAAGCAGGAAGGUGUGCUGACUAUGUAGUGACUGGAGCUUGGUCGGCUAAAGCUGCUGAAGAAGCCAAGAAGUUUGGGACUGUGAAUGUUGUGCACCCUAAACUGGGGAGUUACACAAAAAUUCCAGAUCCCAGCACCUGGAACCUCAGUCCUGAUGCCUCCUACGUGUAUUACUGUGCCAAUGAGACUGUGCAUGGAGUGGAGUUUGACUUCAUCCCUGAUGUCAAGGGAGCAGUGCUGGUUUGUGACAUGUCCUCGAACUUCCUAUCCAAGCCAGUGGAUAUUUCCAAGUUUGGUGUGAUUUUCGCUGGUGCCCAGAAGAACGUUGGCUGUGCAGGGGUUACGGUGGUGAUCAUCCGUGAGGACCUGCUGGGCUUUGCGCUAAGAGAGUGCCCCUCGGUCCUGGACUACAAAGUGCAGGCUGGGAACAGCUCUUUGUACAACACCCCCCCGUGUUUCAGCAUUUACGUCAUGGGCCUGGUCCUCGAGUGGAUUAAGAACAAUGGUGGUGCAGCGGCCAUGGAGAAGCUCAGCUCCAUCAAGUCGCAAAUGAUCUAUGAUAUUAUUGACAACUCUCAAGGAUUCUAUGUAUGUCCAGUGGCUCCCCAGAAUAGAAGCAAGAUGAAUAUUCCAUUCCGCAUUGGAAACGCCAAAGGAGAUGAUGCUUUAGAGAAAAGAUUUCUUGACAAAGCUCUUGAACUCAAUAUGAUCUCCUUGAAAGGGCACAGGUCUGUGGGAGGCAUCCGGGCUUCUCUGUAUAAUGCUGUCACCAUUGAAGAUGUCCAGAAGCUGGCAGCCUUCAUGAAGAAUUUUUUGGAGAUGCAUCAGCUAUGAACCCAUGUCAACCAAUAUAGUGUCCUUAAAAUUUGAAGUAACUUGGGAAAGGCUAAAGAACUUAAACACUUCUCUUUUCCUCAAAUGAAAAUACUUAUUAUAGAUUCUUCUUCCUUUUUUAAGUAACAACAGCAAAACAUCCAGAGCUUUGUUAAGCUGCUGAGACAUAAUGACCAUCCUAAUACUGACUUGAACUGGAAGCAUUGAAAAAAAUUCUCUUUUAGCUUUUCUAACAUAUUUCUGCUUAUUUUGUCUUUGCUCCUACUUCUUCUGGCUAGUUUCAGUAUUCAGACAUGCUCAGUGUGGACUUCAUUCUGCAAAUUUUGGUUAAUUGUUUUGGAGACUUGACCACAGGGCUUGGAGGGUGGAUGGGGAGGGUCGUCUAGGUGCUGAAUCUUGAGCCUUUCUAAAAUGAUAGCAGGGGGUGUUGCCACCAGGUGUUAAUUCAAGUCAGUGCUUACCAUAAGUUUUUAGGGGUUCCAAGCUAAAGGCAAACUAUAGAUCUUGAUAUGUAUUCUCAUAAAGAAAAAAAAGUGAUUUAUGUUUCAAUAGCAGGUCUAUUUUUAAUACUGUAUAGUUUAUAUCUCUAUGCAUUUAUAUGUCUAAUACGGUUCUCAGUGAUAUAUAUAGAGACUUUGAGAAUUUGUAGAGUCCUUGACCUGGUGCAUUAUACUUAUAACAGUUAUGUUCUUUCUCCCCCACCUCCCUUCUUUUUUAAGCUGCUUCACAACAUUUAGAAAUCCUCCAAUUUACUUUCAGUGUGUAGAACAGAAGGCUGUUUGCUUAGUUGGUAUUUUAUCUUGAAUUAUGCUGCUAAACAAAAAUCUUUGUUAAACUCCUUUAUCUUUUGUUCACUUGUAAGUUCUCUUUAGUAUUUGACCAGCGAUGCUGUGAGUUCCAGAUCUUUGCUGAAAAUCUUUCCCCCUGUUUAUCUGUUGUCAGUAUUUUAUGUUGAAUAUGUAAAAUACAUUAAAGUCUAA